CGCAGACGCUCGUUGACGCGUGCGAGCAGUGCAAUGAUUGAAUAACGUGUAUGUGUACAUUAUUUUGCAACGCUCGCUUCGGUGUGGUCAGCAUGUUAUCCUUAGCAUGGGCAGGGUCAAGCCCUAUACUGAGAAGGAUUCCGGAUAUCACCAAAAACACCAUGAGUAAUUCAGAACAGCUCUUAAGCAUAAAUGAUCACGACUUCACAAUGAGGCCUGGCUUUGGAGGACCUGCUGUUCCAGUUGGAGUUGAUGUUCAGGUGGAAAGUCUGGACACGAUCUCAGAAGUUGACAUGGACUUCACCAUGACCCUGUAUAUUAGACACUACUGGAAAGACGAGCGCCUCUCUUUCCACAGCACCACCAAUAAGAGCAUGACCUUUGACGGGCGCCUGGUCAAGAAGAUCUGGGUGCCAGACAUGUUCUUUGUCCACUCCAAGAAGUCUUUCACACACGACACCACCACAGAUAAUGUCAUGCUGAGAGUCUACCCCGAUGGCAAGGUGCUCUACAGCCAAAGGGUGACAGUGACAUCAAUGUGCAGCAUGGACUUGAGUCGCUUCCCUCUGGACACACAGACCUGCUCCCUGGAGAUCGAGAGCUAUGCGUACACGGAUGACGAUCUGAUGCUCUACUGGAAGAAAGGGAACAAUUCCCUGAGCACUGAUGAAAAUAUCUCCCUCUCCCAGUUCCUCAUCCAGGAGUUCCAAACCACCUCAAAACUAGCCUUCUACAGCAGCACAGGCUGGUACAACCGUCUGUAUAUCACCUUCACCCUGCGACGCCACAUCUUCUUCUUCCUGCUCCAGACCUACUUCCCUGCGACUCUGAUGGUCAUGUUGUCCUGGGUGUCCUUCUGGAUCGACCGCCGGGCCGUACCGGCCAGGGUUCCUCUGGGUAUCACCACGGUGCUCACCAUGUCCACCAUCAUCACUGGAGUCAACGCCUCCAUGCCCAGGGUUUCCUACAUCAAAGCUGUGGACAUUUACCUCUGGGUCAGCUUUGUGUUUGUGUUCCUAUCGGUGAUAGAGUACGCUGCAGUGAACUACCUGUCUACGGUGCAAGAACGGAAGGAAAAAAAACUACGAGAAAGGCUGCCCUGCACCUGUGGCAUGACCCACCCGGGCGUGAUGGGCAGCUACAGCGAGGAGGACGUCAACAACACGGGGAACUAUGGCUGUAUGCUCGAGGAGAACGGCGCCAUGAAGCAGCAGAGGAUGAUGGUCCAUCUGGACAUUGAGGAGAACAACCAAAUCACAGGACAUGUGGGCUCCAGUGCCUACAGCAGCAUGUGGGUCGACACCCACGCCAUAGACAAGUACUCCCGGGUCAUCUUUCCUGGGUCGUAUACUCUGUUUAACAUCAUCUACUGGUCCUGCUACCUUUAAAGAUGCACAGAAUGGAACGGAGGUCGUUUCCCCAGAUAUAAAACACAGAAAGUGUCACAGCAUGUUGCUACACUCUUUAUACUGUGACACUUUCUAUGUUUUAAAAGUUCUAUAUUUUUUAAAUGUGAUUGCUGACAUGCAAAGCAUUUUGGGACUGUAUCAACAGUGGACUAACGCAAAUACCAAAACAUAGUUUUUGAGCGGUAUUUUCCUUUAAGUGAGAGAACAAAGCUAUACCAAAUAAUUUCUGUAACAAUAAGUACAUUAUUGUGCAGUUUAAAUGAGAGUAGCAUCCAGAAUUGCAUGUCUUGGCAACUUUGUAAAACGUUAAUGCAAUGUCUAUGAAAACAGUGUCCAAAUGGUUAUUUCAAACUGUGCUAUAUAAUUUCAGGGUAUCAUUUUGUGUAUUUUGGUUACAAAAUGGACCACUACACCUAUUUGAUUUGUGUUCCCCCUUUUCUGGAUAUGCUUGAAUAUGUAUUGAAUAACAGUACUUGUACAGUGUUUUAGCAUGAAUCUGUUAACUGGUUAAAAAUUAUUCCAUGCAUUUCUUUCCGUUUCUGCGCACCCUUCUCAUUUAUUUUAGUGUUUGAUUCAACAUGUGGGACAGGUUAUUGACAUUUUUAUUUUGUCAUUGAUUUAAAUGUUUUCUUCUAAUGGCUGUUUGUGAAUUCUGUACAUUAUUCUUACAUUUAGUUAAUAGGCUACAUAUUUAUUAUAUGAUGAUGACAGCUUCAUUCACGUGCAAUGAAAUCUACUGGACUAACAGAUUGAAGAAAACCCUAAAUAUUAUUAUCAGUAGACUUUUGUCAGAUUAAUUAUUACAUUUCCUGAAAAGGAGAUAAAGAUAAAGAGAUAAAAAAGUUAGGGUUACUUGCGUAACCCCGGUAACCCCGGUUCUAUGCUAAUAUGAGUGAGACGGGAUUCACGGCUCUAUGGACUCGAAGAACCAAUCGCGCAACAUCUGUUGGAGACAGACGGGUCAAGUGGCGAAUGAGGUGAGCCCCUC